AUGUCAGCAGGCGGAGGUGUUCCCCAUCGGUCGUUUGAGGAGAGAGCUCAAGCUAGAGAGCAGAUGUUAUCGAGUCUUCGAGAGUCUUCCCAACAAGACCGUCGGGUCUACGUUGGCAACCUUAGUUAUGAUGUCAAAUGGCACCAUCUCAAAGAUUUUAUGAGAUCUGCUGGGGAGGUCUUAUUUGCAGAUGUGUUGUUGCUUCCGAAUGGAAUGUCGAAGGUGGGCGCCUAUACCAUUGUAGAAUAUGCCACGAGGGAGCAAGCUCAACAGGCCGUCAACACUCUCAGCAAUCAAAACCUCAUGGGUCGACUCGUCUAUGUUCGAGAAGAUCGUGAGGCCGAACCUCGAUUUACUGGUCCCCCAGCAGCCGGACGCGGCGGUUACGAAGGCGGUACGGGCCGUGGUGGCUUUGGAGCAGGUGGAUAUGGCGGUGGUGCCAUGGCAGCGGGAGGUGCUGGUGGUGGCGGCCGUCAAAUCUACGUGGCCAACCUUCCUUAUACAGUCGGAUGGCAAGAUCUGAAGGAUCUCUUCCGUCAAGCUGCUCGCAAUGGUGCAGUCAUUCGUGCCGAUGUCCACGUUGGCCCAGAUGGUCGUCCCAAAGGUUCCGGUAUUGUAGCCUUCGAGUCUCCUGAUGAUGCUCGUAACGCAAUUCAACAGUUCAACGGUUACGAUUGGCAAGGUCGCCCUCUUGAAGUCCGUGAGGACCGAUUCGCUAGCUCCGGCCCCGGCUUUGGUGGACGAGGAGGCUUUGGUGGAGGACGUGGAGGUUUUGGCGGUGGAUUUGGAGGUCGUGGUGGAUUUGGUGGCCGUGGAGGAUUUGGAGGUGGAUUUGGCGGAGGCCGUGGUGGAUUUGGAGGUGGCUAUGGUGGAGGUGGAGCACCUAGCGGUUUCGAUGGAGGAGCUGUGGCCUCUGCAGCACCACCUAAUCCGUUCACCGACUAUGCAACCUCUGGCACCGAGCGAAGCGAGACAAUCUAUGUUCGCAACCUCCCUUGGUCCACCAGCAAUGAGGAUCUUGUCGAGCUUUUCACCACCAUCGGAAAAGUCGAACAGGCCGAAAUUCAGUAUGAACCAAAUGGUCGAUCCCGAGGAACUGGUGUUGUACGAUUCGAUACUGCUGAGAACGCCGACACUGCUAUCGAAAAGUUCUCUGGCUAUCAAUAUGGCGGCCGCCCUCUGGGUCUAACCUUCGUCAAGUACCAAACUCCUGGCGGCGGUGAUGCUAUGGAGACGGAAGCCACUAGCUUGACUCAAGACCAGAUCAUGUAG